AUGCGUCGUGGGAUUGGUGUUUCACAUGUUCAGCAGCAGCGCCAGACGAAGCAGCAGAUGGCAGAGCUCGGCGCGCAAAUCACCGCUGAGCGCGUCGGCCACAUCGCAGAUCAGCUCGAAACGCUCGAAAAGCACCUCCGCGAGCUAAUGCACAAACACGAGAAGGAAAUCAAAAGCGAUCCCGUCGUACGCGCGCGAUUUCGCCAGAUCGCGGAUUCCAUUGGGGUGGAUCUGAUCUCGUCGAAUACGAAUAUCUUCUCCGGGGCGUUGGGGCUGGGGAACUUCUACUACGACCUCGCUGCGAAGUUGGUGGAGGCUUGUAUGAAGGAGCGAAAGUUCUGCGGCUCGUACGUCCCUUUGAAGAAAGUUAUUCAGACGGUGCAGCGGAUUUACGAUCGCCAGGCGGAAUUUUCUUCCGCCCCGGAGAAGGAUCGGGUGCGGAUUUCUGAAGGGGAUGUGAUCACGUCCUUAAAAAAGCUCCGUUGCCUUGGAUCCGGGUACCACAUCGUGACGCUUUCAGGGGUGAGUUACGUGCAGACGACGCCCGAUGGCGUCAGCGGUGGCGACGUCGUCGAGCUCGUCAACUUCGCCCUCGAGCAGCAAAACGCGAGGCGGGAUGCCCUCCGACGGGGUCCUUCCGCCGCGCCCGAAACGCCGCGAUCGCCCGCCACCGCGUCGUCGGUUUCCUCGCCAAUUGGGGCCGCGUACGUGCUAGGAACGCAUCCGUUUUCCACCCCUUCCACAACAUCCACCGAGGCGGGGAUUCCGCGCAUCCGGGAGUGCCUUUCCUUGACGUUGGAGCAGGUGGCAGGGGGGUUGGGGUGGCCGCCCCACCGCGCGUACGCGGCGCUACGCCGGAGUGUGCGGGAUGGAUCCGUUUGGGUGGAUUUCCCGACGAGGCCGCGCGCUUCACAGGAGACGAAAUCAAAGGAAAAAAGGGGAUCGGUGCAGACGUUAGACGACGGGGCGGUGUAUUGGUUUGUAUCGCUGACAAUCUACGGCGAGAAAAUCGGUUAG